UCGUACGAUCAGCUUCUUCGCUUCUUUGCCGUCCCGUGUCUAGAGGAAAACGGAGAGAAAUCCCCCACGGAAUCAAAGGGAGCUAUAUAGUUCACCGGGAAGGAUUAUAAGGGUCCGAAAGCAAAGGGGUGGGGAGGUGGAGAGAGGUGCCGAGUUAUUUAGGUACACCAGAAGCAGACAGCCGGGCAAUCCGAGUGUUUCCUGGCUUUGAUGCGACCCGACUGUGCCUGGAGCAUGUCCACAGCGGGCCUGACUGCCCAGGAGAUCUGUUUUCCCGCAGAAAGCCCCUUCCUGCGGGAUAGCUACUGUCACAGCAUGGCUGGAUCCAAAUCCUCAUGGAGCUGUCGCCAUGACCCAGAGAACGUCUACUUCAGUAUGGACCCUGCGCACAUAGAACACAGCUCGCGGGUCCAGCAACAGGUGCCACCUAGCCCGUCCCUAGCUGUUGAGAAACAGAAACAUAGCCCCAGCAUGCAGCGGUUACCCCCGAAGAAGUCGAGACCCAGCCAUCUCUUCUUGUCUUGUAGCGCUGAACCCUCCACGCCGAGCCCUGUUGACGAUGACCAGGUGGUCCCGUCAUUCCAGCGGCUGUCUGUAUAUGAGCGCAACAGCCCACCACAGACACCAGGCAGAUGUUCAAAGCCUCUGCCCCCACUUCCUGCACAAACAGACCUCGCUCCUGAGCAGGCAAUGGACAAUGAAAUGGAAUUUUUCACCGCCUCAGAUGAAAGCCGCUGCCUUGUGCCCGAUCAGUGUUCCAAACCCUCACCUUUUCGCUAUGUAGUCCCCAACCGACGGAGCUUUAGGGGCUGCGGACAGAUAAACUACGCCUAUUUUGAGGGCUCGUUGGGGCAACAGAGACUACCGCAACCCCAAAAACAGCCACAGCCCCAGCCUCAGCCACAGCCUCAGCUCCAGCCACAGCAGGAAGUGCGGGAACCACCUGAACAGCAGCCACUGGAGCCACCAAGGCAGCAGGAUAGGGCUCAGAGGAAGUUGCGACGCUCUCACUCCGGCCCAGCCGGUUCCUUCAACAAGCCCACGUUGCUGCGCCUCUCGUGCCAUCACCGCCACACCCAGGGCAUGGAUAAGCCAGAGGUGCCACCUCCUAUCCCUCCACGCCACGUCAAGAUUGUAGACCACCGCCGCUGGUCAGCAGAGGUCACGACAGGGGCUUACAGUGAUGAGGACAAGCCCCCCAAGGUGCCACCAAGGGAACCCUUAUCUACAGGCUCCUCUCGUACCCCCAGUCCAAAGAGCCUUCCAACAUACAUCAAUGGGGUGAUGCCCCCCACUCAAAGCUUUGCCCCAGAUCCCAAGUAUGUGAGCUUCCGCGGCUUGCAGAGACAAAACAGCGAGGGCUCGCCAUGCAUAUUACCUGUUAUGGAGAAGGGCAGGCAGGCGAGCAGCACUCAUUACUUCCUGCUGCCUCAACGGCCCCCUUACCUGGACAGCCCUUAUGUUGAAAAGUUUCUCCAGGCCAUGGACAGCUCUGCCAGCCAUAGUGCAGCAACAUCUGAAUCAGACUGGGACUGCCACACGAGGAGGAAUGCACAUGUGGAUUUAGUCUGAAAAGACUUGGUCUUGAAAAGUCUCCACGGUAGAGAACUAUACUGUGCACCAUCAACCACCACUGGGCUGAAAGGUGAAACUGGAUACUUAUGCCCUCAAACUGCUGCUUUUAUUCUUCUGGUUUAUUUUUAAAUUUUUUUUUUUUUUACCCCUUCUGUAUUCUGAAAACACAGGGUAUGUGAGCACUGUAUGCAGUUACUGGAAAUGUUGGUGUGCUUAUCACGAGAGAUAUGUUUUACCUAAAUGCUGUGUCUCUGGCUAUGGACUGUGGGUAAAAUUUGAUAUUGCAGAGUGAUUAUUUUUUUAUCUGAUUUUUAUUUCAUGACAUUCAAUAUUGUACUGUUUUGCUGAUAUUGUAGUGCAGUCCAAAGGUCCAAGCAGGACUUGAGCCUCAUGUUCUCAGUGUUUCGUGUUUGGUGAUUGUUGACAGAUGACUGUUUUUUUGUCUGGUAGCUUUGUGAGAUGCAUGUGGUUAUUCGACGUUGCGUUUAUAUCUCACAAGGGACGAAAGGUCAGUAAAGCAACCAUGUAUCAAUUAAUAUAUCUAUGAAGUUUUAAAUAGGAGACCGAUUUUAGCUAAAUGAAGGAUGAUGUCACGUGUAUCUCCAAUCUAGUCGCUUUUGUUUGUGUGUGGAUAUGCUAUAAGGUGGCAUGUCAAAAUGAUAGCUUCCCACCCUAAUGAAGAUCCAGUCUUACUAGACAGGAAUUCUUACAGUCUUAGUCUCACUAUGCCUUGUUUUGUUUCCCACAUGGCGUGUACAUUUUGUACUAGUGGGUGGGUAUAUUACUGGUAGCUAUACACGUUUCCAGUGAUACGUCUAGUGCAGCUUAUAUUGAUAUACUUGUUGUUGGUGCGUAUGUACAAUGUGCAUGUCCGUGCACGUAGUGGCGUGUGCAAAGGUGCAUGUAAACUACAGUAGGAGAAUGUGUUCUUUUGGUAUUACUGUAUAGAGUAACCUUCUACAUUUGGUAGAUUAUUAGUUACAAUGCCAAAAACGUGGUAACUAUGUAUGUUACCAUGCUCUUUCUGUUUGCAGCACCUGCUUUUACAACCCUCUGAAGUGCACACUUUGCUCUCUUUCAGUGUCAAGCCCCGUUUUGUUGCACAGAAAAAUGGCCUGUUGAAUAUAUGUGAAUGUAUGCUAUUCUUACUGAAUUAUGUCAAACAGUCGGAGCUUAUAUUUGGCCAAACUGUGAGUCAUUGCUUGGAACUUAAUUGCCUCAAGUACUACCUCCCUAUGAUAUUAUAAUCAGUAGUUUGCAUAUUCACCAUUUUAAGUAGUCUUCACAACGCACUCUAAAUCCCUUAAUAAUACCUAUAGGAUCAUCCAGCAACGAUACUCUAGCUAAAUACGAGUGGACAAAUUGACACAGUAUAGUUUCCAUCAAGGUGAGAAGGAACGUUUUACUGAAAACCUCUAUUUAUAUUGAUUUAAUUGAUUAUAAGGGUAGCAUAUAAAAACCUCUAGUUUAUUGAUUUAAUUGAUUAUAAGGGUAGCAUAUAACCCAAUUUUACAAUGGAUCCUGCCUACAAUUAGAGAUCAUGAAUAGGCUCAACGGACGACACAGAUGCAUUACACAGACUGCAUGUGGCUUAUCUCACCUGAUACAGACUUUCCUGUUCUGCUCAUGCAUUCCUGCUUUACAUGAUUGCAGUGGGUGUGGUCCAUGAGACUUUGGCUGCUGGCAGCCAGGAAAUAAUAUGAAUUUUAUUGCUCCAUAUGAUUCAAGAACCGUCAGGAAGAUCUAGUAAAUGUAGCACAUGUAUUGAAGUAUACCUAGGUGUUCAGUAUGCAGAACCGAUUAGUGCUAAGGUCAAACGGUCAAUGAAGUAUACCCCCCAACCCCCCCGCUGGUCACAGCCCUUGCUAUGAUAAUGUUGUUUUUGACUGUCUGUGAACUUGUUUACAUUAUACACUGAUAUUAUUUAAUCUUAACGUAUUCACGUCUUAUUAGGAGAAACAAAUACCAAAUGAAAGACUAGCUCAUCAUAAAUAUCUGACAUUCUCUGCUGUGGUGAAGACAUGCACUGGGAGAGUACAGUAUGCUGUGCACAGUAUUUAACUAUUCCAUUUGUCGUUUUGAAUAGUUGAUUGAUCUAUAGUCUUUGAACAGGAAACAAAAUAAAAUGACUUAUUUAUGAAUCUGUUUUUUGGUUUAUCUUUUUUUUUCCCCCCCUU